AUGAUGAUGGUGAGCGAUGACUGUCUGGUGGAGUGUAAGAUCGAUGAUGACAGUGAAGAAGAGGAGAUGAAAAUCCCUCCGCCUCCUCCAGAGUUUGCAUCCAAAACCUCGACUCCAGGGCCCAAACCUCCGACUCCUCCCACAGCUCCUACCACUCCCACACCCACACCUAAAUCUACACCUACUCCUUCACCUACACCUAUACCUACACCCCCACAGCCUGUCAACAGAGAUCCUUAUGGAAUCAAUCAGCAUCUAAAGGUUUUUCUUACCUCUUCCUCUCUCGAUACAUUUGCAUUAUUUGACACAAUAGCGAAAGUGCCUUUGCCUCUUUUUGCCUCUGAAGUCAUUGUUUCUUUGAGUUACUGUGAGAAACUUGAUUCAUGUCAUCCAACAUACCUCAUUUCAAUGUGUUCAGUUGGUUUACGUUGAAUUUUUUUGGCCUUUAUCAAAGAAGAGAGGACAGUGGAUAGAUCAGUAAACUGGUGGAGAGAGCAGACUGUAGGUUGGAAUCAAGCAUAUGGGGUGCAUGUCUAAACCAAAGGCUAAGUAAUAAACUCCUCCUCUGUCUACAGUUGCACUGCACUGUCCUUAUUAAAAUGCACCAGGCCAACACCUAAGAUCAUGUUAGCCUUAUCAUUACACAGGAUGUAUGGAAGCCCAUUGCUGCCAUUUGAAAAAAAAAAAGAAAAAAACUUUGCCUACAUUUUUAAAAAGUCUCUAUCUAAAAUUCACGGCACUAAGUGACUUAAGUUAAAUGUGAUCAAGUUUUGCUGGUUAGGUGGUGCACAGUCUUGGCCUUCAGUGAGGCUGAGUGUGCAAAGAGGAUGGAUUAAGGCCCUCAAUCAUUCAAAGGUUUGUGUAGGAGUAAUUUCAAUCAAAACAAUCAUUCAAUCAUUUUAUCCACUGGAACAAAUACUCUGUACUGCAGAAACAAUCAGGGACAUGCACAUUCUUCAAUUAUUUAAAACUCAGGACAAACCAACAAUUGACAGCUCGAAUAAAGUAAAGCACUUUGUGUUACAUCCUUUUGUAUGAAAAGCACUUUAUAAAUAGUGUUUGAUUUGAUUUGAAAAAUAACCCAUGUCCUGUGCGCUUUGCAUUAAACAAAGCUUGGUUGUUUUUUUAUGGCUGGCUCACAUGGCUGUAAAAAGUUCGAAAGACAGACAUAUAACAGAUAAAUAGAAGAGCUCUUUAACUAUAAAUCUAUAUUUUUACCCAGUUAUUACAACUAUUUAUCAAUUGGUUUUGACGUAUCUCAGAAUUUGGCAUUUUUGUCUUGGACUGUAAAUUUUUGUCUAUAAUUAUUACAUAUCUGAUAACAUUUUUAUUUUGGAUUGUUGACUUUUUUAAGAUAAUUUUAUCUCAUUUUGAGACUUUUUUUUUGGGGGGGGGGGGGUUAUAUUUUAGAGUUUUUAACUCACAUCAAGUUAUUUUGACUUCUUAUCUCAUAAUUAUAAUUUGCCAUUAUUUUGUACUUUUUUCCUUGGAGUCACUUUUUUUUGUAUCCUUCUUUCCUUUAUUUCUGUCCCACUUGUUGCACCCCAAUAAAUAUUUGUAACAUUUCGAAUGAAUGGACAGGCUUUAUUUAAACCACAGUCUUUUUUGCGUCUUGUCUGCAGGUGGAUGUCAAUAAGGUGCUAGUGGAGCCGACCUCACCCCACGGUCAAGACAAGGUGUGGGUCUACAGUACUGCUGGCUUUGAGAAGACUCGUAUCUGUACUUACCGCUGCCUCACCUUGCUGUUGGCAGUGCCCUUUGCCCUCCUCUGUGGUGUCGUCCUGGCUGUUCUCGCCUGUCUACAUGUCUGGUAUAUUUAUUAUGCAUCCAUACACACAUUAGUGUCUAACUCAUGAAAUAUACUCAAUCACAAAUCAAAUACAGUAAAUGAUGUGAUGAUAUAUGAUCAAAUUACGAUACAAAUUAUAAAAUAAGCCCUUUUUUAAAAAGGACUGGGUGAUACUGUUUUGCAGGGUACAGAGCUAGAAACAGGUAAAGUGGCCCUGACGGUCAAAAGCACAAAUAUUCCAGGAUGGGCAGGACAAAGAGUUUUAUGCCUGACGAUGAAUCUUUGAGUUGUCCCAUCUGUGUUUCAUUCUUCUACAAAACCAUCCUCUAAACUCUCUCCUGUCUCUGUUGCCAUCCCUCUCUCUGCAGGGUUUUGGUGCCUUGCAUACAGCUGAGCCAAACUUUCCUUCCAUGCCUGCGAUCUUUGUGUUUCUGUGCUGUGGAUGUUAUCCUCUCUCCCUUCUGCACGUCUCUGGCUCUCUGCUGCAGUCAAAUCAACAUUUUACUGUCCAAAAAAGACUGGCGUCCAAUGAAAGACAAGGAGGCUGUUUGA